AUGAUCCAAUGCUCAGUCCACAACCCGAAGAUUGGUCGCCAGGAAAUCAACCUGAAUCUCGAGCACCCAACUAAUCCGAUCUAUUGGCCCGGCCUAGUUGCCACGGGAUGUGGAGCCAAAAGAAAGCGACAAUCGUGCUGUUACUGCACCACAUCAGUAUCUGCCUUUCUCUUGUCGAGGACGACGGCUAAUAGGGCCGCGCUCCCUGCAACGGCAAUCGUAAGCACCAUUCGUCUUGGGAAAUGCUUGGGACGUCCAGCUCUGGGAGCUCUCAAUCUUCCUUGCGCCCUCACAUCGCUGCACCAUAAAUCCCAGUUUGUAUCUCCGGACGCAUUCCAUCAUCCAGAAAAAGAAGAAAAAACUUUUGAUGUUUUACCCGGUGGGUUCCGCAACUGGUUCUGCCACUCCGCUGCACCGACUCUCAUGGUGGAAUUUUUCUCAGAGCCUGAGGUAAUGGGAACUCGCAGAACUCGCAAGUAAUGAUCCUCUGUGGGCAGAUCUCUCCCUUGUGGAUGGAUGUAAUGUCUCGGUCAAUUGUCUCGCUACACAUCGAACAUGACACCUGCUCUACCACAGGUUGGUUAGUACUCUGCAGGAGAAGCCGUUACAAUGAUAUUGUCUGAUUCAACCAGGGAAACCCGACUGAUGUCAAAAUUGUUAAAAGCAAAGCUCAGGCGAGCAAUCUCCUACUCAUAUUUGUUCUGUUAGUUCCUAUUCCAUUCAUACUA